CGCGGCGGCGCAGGCGCGGUGGGGGCAGUGGCGGGCCCGGCGGCUGCGGCGGCGGCGGCGGGAGGAGGAGGAGGAGGAAGGAGGAGAAGGGAGGAGGAAGGAGGAGGACGGCGAGCGGCAGCCCGAAGACUGUGCCAAAAAACCUCUUUUGCUCAGAUGACAUCACAUUUGGACUACUAAUGCUAUCCACCCACUCUACAAGGCACGAUGGAUUUCUAGGUAAUUUAAGCAUUGCUUGAAAGAGAUCUCCUUUUCUUUUCAUCUACGUUUCAGCAAAUGCAGUGUGAAGCCCAUUCUUCCAUUUGCAAAAACAUUCUGGAAAAUUAUUCGGAUGCUGUAUGUUGAAUGUCAGUGAAACUAGGUAGUUGUACUGGUGAGGAAAUACUCAAGGACCAACUGGCAGACACCAGAAUUCUAGAAAAAUUCAUAAAUUAAUACUUUUCUGCAGAAGAGGAUACAUUUAACUCCACAUAAUUCUUCAGAAGAACAGUGUUUCAUCCCUAAAACUUCUACUUACAAGUCCCAAAGUGUAAAAGGCAAACGUACAAAUGUCUACCACAAGACUAAAGUGUGAUAUGUUAUGUUUUUUACCAUAAGCACCCAUAAAAUGAGCUCCAUUGCAGACAGAAAUGAUGGAAGCAUUUUUGAUGGGCUGGUGGAAGAAGAUGACAAAGAUAAAGCAAAAAGAGUGUCUAGAAACAAGUCUGAAAAGAAACGUCGAGAUCAGUUUAAUGUACUUAUCAAAGAGCUGGGUUCCAUGCUUCCAGGCAAUGCUCGGAAGAUGGAUAAAUCCACUGUACUGCAGAAGAGCAUUGACUUUUUACGGAAGCACAAAGAAAUUACUGCACAAUCAGAUGCCAGUGAGAUUCGACAGGACUGGAAACCGACAUUCCUUAGUAAUGAAGAGUUCACACAGUUAAUGUUAGAGGCUCUUGAUGGUUUUUUUUUAGCAAUUAUGACAGAUGGAAAUAUAAUAUAUGUGUCUGAAAGUAUAACUCCCUUACUUGAACAUUUGCCAUCUGAUCUUGUGGAUCAGAGUGUAUUUAAUUUUAUCCCAGAGGGGGAACAUUCAGAAAUUUAUAAAAUACUGUCUUCUCAUCUGCUGGAAAGUGAUUCGUUGACACCAGAAUACUUAAAAUCAAAAAAUCAGCUAGAAUUCUGUUGCCAUAUGCUGCGAGGAACAAUAGACCCAAAAGAGCAACCUACAUAUGAAUAUGUAAAAUUUAUAGGAAAUUUCAAGUGUUUGAAUAAUGUUCCCAACUCGGCACACAAUGGUUUUGAAGGAACUAUUCAGCGAUCACACCGGCCGUCAUAUGAAGACAAAGUUUGCUUUGUAGCCACAGUUAGAUUAGCUACACCUCAAUUUAUCAAGGAAAUGUGCACUGUUGAAGAACCGAAUGAAGAGUUCACAUCUAGACAUAGCUUAGAAUGGAAGUUCCUAUUCUUGGAUCACAGGGCACCUCCCAUAAUAGGUUAUCUUCCAUUUGAAGUUUUGGGAACAUCAGGCUAUGAUUAUUAUCAUGUGGAUGAUCUAGAUAAUCUGGCAAAAUGUCACGAGCAUUUAAUGCAAUAUGGGAAAGGGAAAUCGUGUUAUUAUAGAUUCCUUACAAAGGGACAACAGUGGAUUUGGCUUCAAACACAUUACUAUAUCACGUAUCAUCAGUGGAAUUCCAGGCCAGAGUUUAUUGUCUGUACGCACACUGUUGUAAGUUAUGCAGAAGUUAGAGCAGAAAGACGGCGAGAACUUGGUAUUGAGGAGUCUCUUCCAGAGAUAAAAACAGAUAAAAGUCAGGACUCUGGAUCUGACAAUCACAUAAACACAGUGAGUCUCAAAGAAGCACUGGAAAGGUUUGAUACCAGCCCCACACCAUCCGCUUCCUCCAGAAGUUCCAGAAAAUCUUCACAUACUGCAGUAUCAGAUCAUUCAUCAACACCAACUAAAAUGACAGUGGACACUAGCACUCCUCCAAGGCAAAGCUUAUCUGCUCAUGAAAAGUCUACACAAAGAAGAUCAUCUCUGAGUAGUCAGUCUUUAAGCUCCCAGUCCCUUGGACAACCAGUAACACAACCGACAAUAUCCCAGCCUGCAACUUUACAGCUCCAGUCUAGCGUGUCCCAGCCUGUGUUUCAGUUUUCAGCUCAAUUAGGAGCUAUGCAGCAUCUAAAGGACCAGCUAGAGCAAAGAACACGCAUGAUAGAGGCAAAUAUUCACCGGCAGCAGGAAGAGUUGCGUAAGAUUCAAGAACAGCUUCAAAUUGUCCACGGUCAAGGACUCCAGAUGUUCUUGCAGCAGUCAACUUCUGGACUCAACUUCAGUUCUGUGCAGCUUACUUCUGGAAAUUCUUCAAAUGUUCAGCAACUUGCACCAAUAAACAUGCAAGGUCAAGUUGUCCAGACUAAUCAGACUCAAAGUGGGAUGAACACGGGCCAUACAAGUACACCGCACAUGAUACAGCAACAGCCUUUGCAGAGUACUACGUCACAGCAUAAUCAACAAAAUGUACUUAGUGGACACAAUCAACAGCCUUCUCUUGCCAGUCAGUCACAGAGCACAGUGUCGGCACCGUUGUAUAACACUAUGGUGAUUUCUCAGCCAACGACAGGAAACGUGGUCCAGGUUCCUUCUAGCUUGCCACAGAACAAUAACCAGAGUGCUGCUGCAGUAACUACUUUUGCGCAGGAGAGACAAAUCAGAUUUUCUCAAGGUCAGCAACUUGUAACAAAACUUGUCACGGCCCCAGUAGCAUGUGGAGCGGUAAUGGUACCGAGCACUAUGUUUAUGGGACAGGUGGUGACAGCUUAUCCCACUUUUGCUGCCCAACAGCAGCAGCCACAGACUUUGUCUGUAACACAGCAACAGCAGCAGCAACAACAGCAGCAGCAACAACAGCAGCAGCAAAGUCAGCAAGACCAGCAGCAGCAGGUCACCACAGUUCAGCAACCAGCUCAGCCACAGCUGACCCAGCACCCACAGCAGCUCCUACAGACAUCCAGGUUACUUCAUGGAAAUCAGUCAGCUCAGCUUAUCCUCUCUGCUGCUUUCCCACUACAACAAAGCACUUUUACUCAGUCCCACCACCAGCAGCAUCAAUCUCAGCAGCAGCAGCAACUUUCACGACACAGAACUGACAAGAUGACUGAUCCUUCCAAAGUUCAGCCACAAUAGCUGGGGCUCUGCCUCUUUUUGAAGCAAACUACCAGCUAGGGGCUGCUCCAUAAACAGUUGCACUGAGGUUACAGAGGUAGCAGUACAAAGCCUUUCUAACACCACGGUCUUGAGAUCUACAGCUAACUUCUGGAACCUGUUAAGAAAAGCCACAAGGUAAUGACGGGGACAUGGCCAACUUUGAUAGUUGCCCCAGUUUCUGUGUUCUAAAGGAUUUGCUGCCAUGUGUUAAUUUGUCCAGGUGAAAGCUCAAAAUGUGACUGAAAUGAGAGGGAUGCUGAAAAUAUUGGUAUUUUUUAUCAGUCCUGUACAUUUUUAAAGUAUUAAAAUGGACACGGAGCAAUCGUUUGAAUUAGCAGAAAAAAUGCCAGGAAAUAUAGUCCAACAAACAUCUAAUUUUUUCAGAUGAUUAUGGGACAGUAAAUAUUUUGAAAAUGUUGUGUGAAAUCCAGUUCUCUGUUGUACAGAUGCUGUAAAAUAUUGUGUAUAUGUCUGCAUAAAAGGAGAAAGAGCAAAAUAUUUUAUAUGAUGCAUGAAAAUGUAAUCUGUUAUUUGUAGGUUUGAAUAUGUUUCCCUAAAUUCUUACGCCAUACUCAGACUAAUGUUUUCCUCUGUUCUACCCUUUUGUUUACAACAUGAUGCAUCAUUAUUUUCACCCUUAGUGUGGGCACAAGUCUCCUGUUUGUGCUUUGUCUGUGAUGUCACAGUUUGUUCAGUGAGGUAUAGUGUGUUGGUUAGAUGACUUCUCGAGGUUAAAUUAUUGAUGAAGCUGUUUGAACUGGUGAUCAUGCAUCAGGGUUCAGGACAUUCAGAUUCAUGAAUAUCAUCCGUCAUUUCAUAACUAAUUCAUUGUAUUUGAAAAAUAGGAAUUUGCACUGCUUCCUUGUGGAUGGUUUGGAAUUUUAUUCCCCAAAGCUAUCUUUUGAUAUAGUUCAUAGUUGGAAAUAUUUAUGUAAAAGGUUUAAAAAAAAUGACAGUAAUUUUCAAGAAUGUUUCAGUUAUAGGAGUAAUUUGCACAAAAAUAUAUUUACAUUUAAUAACCUUUUGGGCACUUUUUAACCACUUUCUCUGUGGUGGGAAUUGUAACUUGUUAAAGUAUGUUGGAAUCUUUUUAUUCUCCUUCAAAAAUUAGAUCUUUCUUUAGUCAGAACUAAUUCAGGGUCAUUUUAACAACAACAAAAAAAAACCCAUAGUGCCUUGAUUUUAAUUCAGGUGAUAAUGUUGAACAUUUUGAAUUACAAUGUCUUGAAUCUGUAACCAUUCAAUUUCAAUUUUGAAGUCUUAGUACAUUGUCAACCAAACCUGUGUAUCUGCUUCAUAGCUUUUUCUGUACUGUGUUCAUUUUAAUGAUGGUCUGAGUUGAGAACAUGAGCAUUUUUGAGUGCUGCUCCCCCUCAAACACUAGCCAGAAACAGAUGCGGCUCUAGAAUCUCAGACCUUAAAGGUAAUGCUCGUAAAAGAUCUCAAAAUAGAGGGCACUCCUUUUGCAGGAGUAGGAACAGUAACCUGAUUUAAAACAGAACAACAACAAAGUAAUUGUUGUAGUGUUUAAAGCAUGUUUUGGGGGAGAUCGUGAUUGCAUUUAACACUACCAGGCUAUUGAUUUAAGAGGUAUCACUGAACUAAGACUUCAGAAGGCAACUUCACUUUAUAAAGAAAAUAAAAAGUUCCAACAGAUACGAUAUGCUAUUUUAAGUAAACGUUCAGUAGGUUUUUAUGGUACUAAUUUGUGAAAACCACAACUUCAGAGGAAAAUGAAUAAAUGCAGAUAGAUCUGAUACAUAAACAGCAAAAGCAGUUAAUUUAGUAGGAGGGAGAGAAAGCUGGAUUAAUCUUGAAUAGUGAGGAGGAGUUGAAUGAAUGUAACCAAAUGGUGGUGGACUAUUUUGUACUAUGGAACAGUUUGAUUGUAUUACUGGAUGAGCCAAACCCAUAGGAAGGUGAUCCCAGUUUAGCAAGCAUUGGAUGCCGUUGGCUAUGUUUUGAGGCUGGCCUUUGCAGGUGUCCCACCAUUGCAUUCUUGUUAUUCCCCAGUUACAAAGCAAGAGUUUGGCACCAAAAAGCACAGUAGCAAACAAGGAAGGAGUGUGAGAAAUACAGUACCAAAGAGAAUGAGAUUGGUUUCUGCUCCAAGAAGCCUCUUUCAACUUGGAGUGAGGAGCAGGUGCCAAAACCAAACAUAGCUAGGAAAAAAUAAUGUUCUUUUAAGGGAUUUCUGGCAUCCUCUGAGCUGGAGUAAUGAUCAGAAACCUGUUUCUGUCAAGCUUGAUGUAAAGAAGUUUGCCUUGCUCCACCCUGACUACCACACUGUUCCACCAGUUUCUAAAAUAAGCUGCAUUGACUAGAGGUCGGUUCUAUGAGCACUUCUGUUAAUGGAAAAUAGGUUAGAUAAAAAUUGUUAACCGAUUACAAUAAUAACAGAGCACUAAAAUAUUCUGGGAGAGCUUUAAUAGUGCUGUUAGAACUCUGGAAUAGUAGUAAAAUAGGUGUAUUAAGCUGUUAUAUGGGAAUUACAAGAAAUAGAGAUACCAGCCCAGCAGUUAAUGACGCAGCUUUUUAUAUAAAGGUUCGUUUAAACUUCUCUUCCCAUCUCCCCCUUCCCAAAUACUCUUGUGUGCUGCUAUAGGUCUGUUGGUAAAAAGGCUCAGCUAGGUGAGAGAGAAGUUAGACGACGACAAUAGCGUGGCUGCUGAAAGAGAACUGUAGAAAUGUACGCUUUGAUCAAGAAGCUUUUUGUAACCUCAGGGAGAGGUCAUCCAAUUACAGAACGACGAGCUCAUAGGGAAAGUAUAGAAGAUGGGGAAAUUCAAACUGGAAAAACAGAGAAAUCCAUACCACGAAUCAGGCAAACUUUAUACACAAGCAAGUAUGUAAGUAGAACUUGGUCCAGAUUCUGUGCAAGGAUGCAAAUGCUUUGUUUAACAGCUAGUGACUGAAAGGUGCACGUUUAAAAUGUCUGCAGCUUCCCUUGUUGCUGAAUCAAUUGCUGAGCUGUCCUUGAUUUUAUAGAGGGAAGAGGACCAGGCUAUUGCCUCUUUCUUAAUCAGCCUUUUGCUUCUGCCUGACUCAUUUACUACAGUCAUAGACUUAUUUGCAACAUCCUAAUAAAGGGCAUGAUAACGAAUGCUGUGAUGCUGCAGGUUCUGGAGUGUAAAUGUUACAGAAUGACUCUGACAGAAGGGAAGGAGUCUGUUAAGGAGAGGAUGGCGUUUAUGAAGAAACGGUCUGGUGGCGUGUAGCAGAGCGAGAAAGACAGCAGAGUUGCAUGGGGUUUAGAAGACAUUGUUUGCCUGCCAUGGGUGAGGAUUUGAAGAAAAGCUUCUAGGAUUAUUUCAGAGAAAAAAUGAAUAUAGCUAUUUUUAUAUUAUAUUUAAUAUAUAUUAUAUUUGUAUAUAAAUAUGAAAGGAUUCUAGUAGGAGCUCUCCAUAUGCCUUCCAUUUCAUCUAGAAGGUUUACCUUCUGCACUACGGUUCCAGUGUGUCACCACCUUCUGUGGGCAUCUUGCCUGCUGCCAAACACCAAAAUUAGUAACCCAGUUUCCUUACAACAGAUAGGUUUCGUUUCAACUUUCUGUAAAAAGAAAUAAAAAUAAAGCUAUAUCAGGCAGUUUUUCACAGAAAAAGAAAUUUUCUUAAGAUUCAAAUAGCACUUUUUUUUUGGGUAAUGACAAGCACUUUACUGAAAAGACUAUUUGAAAACCAGUUUAUUUCUUUAGUCAGUGAAACUGUUAAAAGGGGGGGGCAUCAAGGAAUAACAUGCAUAAAGCUGUCAAGAGAGACAUUUCUGGAAAAUGUUUCUUUAAUACGGUGAUCCUUUGAGGCUCAAAGUGCAAGAUUAAAAAGGCUUCAAAAACUGGUUGGCUUUGUGUUUUAUAUGGCAUGGGGAAAGGAUUACUGAUUAUAGCUUCCUUUGAAGGAGACUUUUUAAGUUGCACAGUUGCCUAUGAGAGAGAAUCAUCUGGGGGCUUACUUGCCUGCUUAGUAAUUCAAAGUGUCCCUUAGGAUUAUAAUUUGUGUGAAAUUGUACUGAAGGUUUAAAGAUGUGGCCUUUUUCAGAUGUUGAAGUUGAUUCAAAAAGCAUUUAUAUGUUCAGAGGUUUAUCCCAGGUAUUGUUCUGAGUUGUAAGUGUUGUGGCAUUGGGAGAUGUCAAAUGUCAGAUUCAUGAGUUUCUCUAUUUGAAAUUGUUAUUAAAAUUAGAUGUACAGUCAGAGGGCUGGAAAAAUGGUUAUUUUGAUUAAAAGGAAAGAGACUAGUUUUAAUAAUUUUUUAUUUUUUUACUUAUCCCUGGUGGAAAAAAGUUGAAGAGUUAAGUAAGUAAGUAAACUUGGAUUUAAAAAGAUGUAUUUAACCAAAUCAUAGUAGAUGAGACAACUGUGAGAGAACGUUUGGAUUGUCUUGGUUGUCCGUGAGACUGGAUAAUUGCUUUUUCAGUAUCAUGAUUUUUAACACUACAUUCCUUGUAUUUGUUUUUAAACAGGUAAUUUUAAGCUCUGUUAUGCUUCAUGCUAUGUCAUCUGCAUGAGUUUUGCCAGCAUGAUAUGCUAUAUUCAAAGAAAUUGUACUUAAAUAAAAAUGAGGGAAAAAAACACAAAACAAAACACUGUGUCUGAACAAAAUCCUGCGUGGCCUAAUAUGGAGACCCUAGCUGAGACUGAGAGAUGCUGCAUUAAUAGACAAUCAAGGGGUAAUUAUUUAUGAAACACUUCUGGGAAUGGUCUUAAAGAUGUUACUGCUUUGAAAGCAGUUGGUGAGUUGUCUUUUUUUAAGAAGAAAGGUAAAAACUAUUUAUUUUAAAAUAUAUCCGAUUGAAUUUUGAGUUUUUAAGCAGUGUUGAUUUCACAGUGUCUUGGUUUCAGUUUUGUUUUGUAUUUUUUUAACUGGCAUUAGAUUUGUAUACGUAAAACAAAAAAGCCCUAGUGCCGCUCAUAUUGACGUCAGGAAAUGUAGAUACAGUUCCCUGGUGUUCAUGUGACCAUUACUAACUGUCAAUUUUUUUUAAUUGAAUAAAUGUAACUCAUUUAAAAUUUUGCUUUUUGUAGCUUCUAAAGUUCUAGAAUUUUUUCCGGAGUUGCUUAAUGUCACGUUGAGCAGAGUUUCACAGUGAAGCGCGCUCUCACCAUUUCCACCCAGACACCUGACUCGUGAGAAGUUGCUUGAUAUCAAUUUUAUCGUCUCUCCCCUACCCAGACAUGACUUGUGAGAUCUCAGUAAAAAUGCAUAC